UGUUCGCAACCUCCGGGCUAUGUUUGAGAACCAAAAAGCACCUUCCUCCCCUGAACCCCGCGGACGCUCUCCCGCUGCUUCCAGUCUCGCCAGCGACACCGACCUCGACGGCCGUCCUCGGUCCAAGAUACGCGCUAGUUUCGUCUCUGUUGAGCCGAGUGGUGUCAGUGGUGGGCUUGCGUCUCCUGGACUUGGGUCCCCUGGGCUUGCAUCUCCCGGAUUUUUCUCUCCAGCGAAGGAGCUUGGUGCUGUGAAGGGCACGCCAGACGGAAUCAAUAGUCCCACGGCGCAUCGACGCGAAAGCUUUAGUCUUGGCCAGGACCAAGCAGACACAGUGCUAGAGCUUAAGAAGACGGUCAGUCAGGAAAAGGAAGAUCGCAAGAAGAGCUUGGAGAUAGAAGAGACUAUUCCGGAGCAAGCUGUCGAGAGCAGACCCUCAUCGAGACCGGCGACAAAGAUACAAGAACCGACAUCACCCGGCGACAUGGUCAACUUGGGAUCAAUAAUGAAGGGGUCUGACUUCCCGGAGCCAGAAGGUAUACAACAGAAGGGCAAGGCUGUGGAUCUGAUGGCAGCACUGAAGCCUGUUGAGAAGGUUGUAGAGCCCCUUGCGCCAGCCAAGGAGGCGCCAGUCAAGAAGGCACCGCGUAAGUUGGGGCCAGCCAAGGUGGCGCCAGUGAAGCAGGUUCCCAAGGCAAUUCCAGAGAAGACUAUACCAGCAGUUGAGGAAGCGAAGGGACCGGAGAAAGUACCUACAGAACCGAAGGACCAAGCGGCAGCUUCGAGCAGUGAGCUGUCACCACCCCCGGCAGCCACUGAGGCACCCACAGAGGCUCCCGCUGAGACUCCCGCUGAGACUCCCGCUGAGGCGCUCAUUGAAGCACCCACUAAGGCUCCCACUGAAGCUCCCGCUGAAGCACCCGCUGAGGCUCCCGCUGAGGCUCCCGCUGAAGC